UUCUCUGCCGCUUCUGCACCGGCUUUCACUCGCAUCUUCUCCAGAUGGAUUAAUCCGAGUUUUUCCCACUGUGGCUGAUUUAUGGAUUGAGAGGAAACCCAUGAAUCCAUAAGUGAACUGAUCUGUGAUCUUCAGCUUGGCACCAUGCGGACUCACAUGUGGGGGGUCUUCUGUGUAUUUACUGCCCUCACUUUACUGAGCACAAUCACACAGGCUGUUCCUCCUCCUUUCAACGUGUCUGUAACGUGUGACAGUUAUGGAGUGGUGGUGGAGUGGAUGGCUUCUGGUCUCAAUGACACGGCCGACUUCCUGUUAAAGCUCCAGCCAAACUAUGGGGAAAACACGUCUGUCAGCACAAAGCAUCUCCGAUACAACAUCUCCGAGCUGAUGCUGGACACGGCGUAUAACCGCUACGUAGUGAGAGUGGCAGCCAGAGACGGAGAACAGGAGUCUGAGUUUGCAGAGUCGCAGAAAUUCACGUACAACUACUUGGAUCAAUUAAAAAUGGUGGUCUGUGAUCUUGAGUUUCCUCAAGUCAACCUGAUACCUAAAGACGGGAAGCUAAUUGUGAAGUUCCCCAACCCUUUGCACCUGUACAGAGACACACCCGCUCUGCGGAACCUGCCGUACAACGAACAACUGGAUUACCAUCUCACAAGCGAAAAGGAUGACGGCAGCCAGAUUAAGGAAAGAUUAUUAUGUUUUGCUGAGUCGGACACGUGCGAGAGCAGCCUGGAGUUCCCAGAAAAGCUUGAGGAAUACUGCGUCACACUCCUGGGAAGGAUCAGACAAACUCGUGUACGGAAAUCUGGACCUCACUGUUACAAGGGCACGCUUAACCCCGGUCCUCCUAUCUCCACGAUUCUCAUCCCAUUGCUGGUGGGUCUUGCAGUGUUUGCCACUUUGGCAUUGAUCGUGGUGCUUCUGGUGGAGAUGAUCAUCAAGAAACAGGGCAAGAAGAUUUUCCCAGACAUUUUGAAGGACAAACAUUCGACGCCGCUGAUCCGGCUUUUAAAACCGUCCCCGGAACCUGUGGAUGAAAAUCCGAGCAUCGAGCCGGCGGUCGUGGUUUCCCUGGACGUUCUCAGCGACACAGAGGAAAACACGCUCCUGCAGGAAACGUCCACAUGCAGCAAUGUGAAUACAAACUACACCAAGAGCAAGAACCUGUACACAUCCUCAGGAAGCAGCGAACUGGAAGGAAACGGUUAUGGGAAAGAUCUGAACGGGUUUUGGGACGGGGACGGGGACGAGGAUGGGGAUUUGGACGAAGAUGGGUACUUGGACAGGGACUAUGAUGAGGACGGGGACGAGGCUGAUCAGUCUGGCAGCACCUUGUCUUCAGGUUACGACCGGCCGCAUAUCAUCGUUAAAACGAGAUGAUUGUAAAGAGUUAAUCUGGGACCUUCAUGCAGCAUCUGAAGAUGUGAGAUGUGUGAGAGAUAAAGGCGAGAUGUGGGACGGGGGAGAAUGUAAAUAAUGUGAUUAGAGCCUCAUAGAGCUCCAUCAGGUAUCUUUAAACUGCGAUCGUGUCUGAGCAAACAGCAGUUUCCUCUAAAGCCACAACAAAACUAUUCUGUGAAGGAACCUGAGUCUCCACAUUCCAGUUCUGCAUUCAGGUGCUGAUCUGACACACCUACAGCGGAUGGGUACGGCUGAACGUCGGGCUCGAUCAGGGAGCAACACACACGCAUACACACACACGUGCACACACACACGCACACGUGCACAAACACACACACAAACCUCAUGGAUCCUUACAUCAAUUACACAAGUAUUCCCUGAAACUCUACUUUUUUUUAGUUGCUAUCCAUCUAUUCAUCUCUAUCUGUUUGUCUAUCCAUCCAUCCAUCUCUAUCUGUUUGUCUAUCUAUCUAUCUAUCUAUCUAUCUAUCUAUCUAUCUAUCUAUCUAUCUAUCUAUCUAUCUAUCCAUACAGUAUUUUUAUAUCCAAUCAUCCAUCCAACAUAUUUCC